UAGGCCUGGGGCCUGCCCUCCUCACCCCUCACUCUGGUUCCUGUCUGGGAGGGCGCUCGUCCCUGACACUGGGCCUCCGGGCAGCCGCUGCUCCUUCACCUGUUGGGAUCCAAGGCUUCCAGGCCAGGCCUGUCCAUGGUGCCUCCAUCCCGGGCUGGCCAGGGGCCCGGGCUCCAGCUUUUGACACCCUUGCUCUGCUUCCUCUCUUCCCAGCCCUCCUGACUUGGGGCAGCGGGGGAUGAGCACCAGCUUGCUCUGGUGUUGGGGAGCACAGCUGCAGCAAGAGGCAGGGGGUGGCCUGAGGGAUGGAGAGAGCAACGCAGCCAGGGGGGAUCCACCCACCCACCCACUCAUUCAUUCAUUCACUCACUCUGUGACCAGGUACUGGUCGCCUACAGGGGGUGCCAGGCUCUGUUCUGGGGGUGUCACAGGAAGCAGGGCAGACAGAGAUCUCUGCCCUCAUGGAGCUCACGUUCUAUAGGCGGUGGGGGGAGGCGGGUACAGGAAACAAGAUAAAUAGGAAAGUUCAAAAGCGUGUCACCGGGUGAUAACCAUGUUGGGGGAAGAAUAAAGCAGGGAGAGGAAAUGGGGUUUGCAAAUUAAACAAGGUCAUCAGGCGAGGCCCCAACAAGUCUGCAUUUAAGCAAAGAUGGGGCAGUUCUCUCGAGUAAAUAGCAGCAGCAGCAGCAAAUGCAGACUCUGAGGUGGCCUGUUCAAGGGACAACAAGGAGGUACAUGUGGCUAGAUCAGGGGAGGUGAGGAGGAGGGUCAGACGGGGUCCGAGAGGGUGGAAGGUGGCCUCGUGGACGCGGUGAAGGCUCAGCCUUCUCCCCCUGGGGAGGUGGGAGCCACGCGGGCCCAGAGCUGACUCGGGAUGUGACCUGAGAGUUGACUGUAGGAGGUAGGGUGGGAAGCAGGAGUCCAGGCGAGAGGUGCCGGCAACCUGACCAGGGAGGUGGCAGUUUCCAGGUCUGGUUUGAAAGGAGAGCACAGCUGAGCGGGGACCCAGAAGGGCACAUCUGGUCCUGAAGGAGGGGGCUGCCUGCGGCCACAGAAACCCUCUGUCGGAAGGUUUGACCUGAGUCAUGGCUGGGAGUCAGGGAGCGCGGUGCCGGUGCUGGGAGGGGCUGAGGGCGAGCACUACGGAGGGUAGACGGGGAGCAGGGUGGUGCCUGGCCAGCGUCAUUGACUCAGUUUCCCCACCUCCACCCCCUCCCCACCCCCGGGCCCCAGAUAUCCUGACAGAGGAUGACGUCUACUGCAGCUGCCUGGCCAAGACUCUCUGCCACGUGCCUGUCCCUGUGACCGUGGGUUUCUAUGCCCCCUUUGGCUGCCGUCUGCACAUGAUGCUGGACAAGAUCAUGGUGCUGAUGCAGCAGGAGGCGACCCAGUGUGAGGCCAAGGAGCUGCAGCAUGUGCAGUGGCAGCCGCGGCCCGUGCAGGGCUGGGGCUUCUCGAAGCUGCUGUGGUACCUGGUGUUCCUGCAGCCCAUCAUCACCGAGGUGCAUCUGCGGCGCAAGAACGUCAAGUUCCUCUUCAUCCGCUUCAGCGCCUGGCAGUACGCGGGCACUGACAAGCUGUGGGCCGGCCUGGUGACCACGCUGUGCGAGGGCAUCCGCCAACAAUACGGCGCACUGCCCUUCAGCUUGUACUCGGUGCUGGGCAAGAAGGCGGCCACGAGGCCGGGCUGCCGCCAGCGCGAGUGGCACUGCCGGCGCCAACUGUGCCUGACACUGCUGGCACUGCUGGCGGCGCUCAGCCUGGGCAUGAGCCUGCUCUACCUGUCGAUGGGCUCCCACGCGCUGAGCCACGGCAACCUGUUCCGGGCAUUCGGCGGCGCGGCCACCACGCUUUCGAGCUCCGGGCUGCUCAUGGCCGUGUACUCGGUGGGCAAGCACCUGUUCGUGAGCCAGCGCAAGAGAAUUGAGCGGCUGGUGUUGCGCGAGAAGUUCGGCAGCCAUCUGGGCUUCAUGUGCGAGGUGAAGAAGGAGGUGAGGCUGCUCACCGACUUCCUGUGCUUCCUGGAGAUCUACCAGCGGCGCCGGCUGCGCGUCGUGCUCGAGAUCACAGGGCUGGACACGUGCUACCCGGAGCGCGUGGUGGGCGUGCUAAACGCCAUCAACACGCUGCUGUCCGACAGCCACGCGCCCUUCAUUUUCAUCCUGGUGGUGGACCCCAGCAUCCUGGCCUCGUGCCUCGAGAGCGCCUGCUCCAUGAAGGGCACGGCCGACAACGGUUACGUCUUCCUCAACCGCACCAUCACGCUACCCUUCUCCGUGCCCAUCAUGGGCCAUCGCACCAAACUGCAGUUCCUGCACGAUGCGGUGCGAAGCCGCGACGACCUGCUCUACCUCGAGAUGACGCGCAACGUGAGGUCGCGGGGCGGGGACGGGGGCGGGGACGGGGACGGGGGCGGGGACGUCGAGCCGCUCCUGGAGAUGGAGGAGCAGGCCCGGGCCGAGAGCGCGCAAAGCGUCCUGGAAGUCCAGGCGGCUCUCAGCAUCCAGGAGGCGCUCUGCUGCCUGCACGACGAGGGCGACUGCCUCUUCGAGUACGUGCCCGACAACGUGGUGUCCAUGCGGCGCAUCGUCAACACCGUGCCCAUCACCGUGCGCCUGCUGCAACAGCAGCAGGGGGACUUCGGGGGCCUCUCGCCGCGCCAGGCCGUGGCUUGGGUCGUGCUCGCCAACCAGUGGCCGUGCCGUCUCAGCUGGGUUCUGCAGUGCCUGGAGGACCGGCAGCAGGCCGGGGGCGCGCCCGAAGCCUGCGCGCGCCUCUGGGACGUGUUCUGCGACCACAGCCUCGAGCUGCACACCAUGACCGAGACGCUGCAGAAGGUGCUCGACCUGGACGGCGACCCCGAGCUUUUCCAGCGCUUCCUGGGCGCUGACUUCCCCUUCACCGUGUCCGAGGCGCAGAGGCUCCUGCGCUGCACCGUCAACCUGGACCACUCCAUCCGCCGCCGCAUGGGCCUCAUCCGGGCCGUCAGCACGCUCAAGUCGCCCGGCCCGCCCAAGUCCCCUGCCCGCAAAGCCCCGCACACCGCCAGCGGAGCCAACCACGCCCCCGGGGCGGCCUGGGCAGGCCAGGCUCCUGCGCAUGCCUGCGAAGCCCACCAACCCCCGGACGGGGGCAAGUCCAGACCCAUGGCCUGAGUGCCCUUCACUUGGGGUCAGUCUAGCCCAGGUGGGCCUUGAAUGGAAGACCUUGGGCGCAGCAGAGGGCAACACUUCCUUCUGCCCAGAUAAGAGCGUAGCGGGCCUAACUGGGCCCAAGGCCCAGGGUCCAGUGUCCAGAAUGAGGCCUGUGGUGGCCACAUACCCCAGGUGAAUCUGUGAGCCAGAGAGAGCUGUUGGCAGUAGCUACCAGGAGUGGGGCAGUGUAUCAGUGACAGCAUCUGAGAGCCCAGGCAGAAGGACCCAUGAGGAACUCGGGGUUCAAGUGCAAUAAAUGAAGAUGUGAAAA